GGUACCUGUGAAGCGAGCCGUCGCUGGCGAGUCGGUCCUGCCUUGGGUCGGGGAAGCAAGUGUGUCCUGCGUGUGGAGCAGCCGAGAGGGAGACACAGGGCCGCUGAUGAGAAUGUUGGCAUUAUGAAUUAACAGAUACGUUACCAUGGGUGGGCUAAUGAGAACCACAGCUUGGGAUGACCAAGCCUCAGGUGGAUGGUUGAAGAAGCAUCUGUUCAGCAUCAAAACCCUCAGCUUGAUAGUGUUGUCAGUGCAGACUUCAACCAUGGUAUUGCUCCUCCGGUACAGCCGUACGCCUACCACGAGCAACCAAACACCGUACAUUAUAACAACUGCAGUCCUGUUGUCAGAAAUUCUGAAACUGGGUCUUUCUUUAGGCUUUUUACAUAUAGAGGCUGGAAAAGUGCUAAGAGUAACAUUACAUCGCCUUUAUCGUGAUGUGCUCAUGAAUGUGUGGGAGACAUUCAAGUUAGCUGUCCCUGCUUGCUUGUAUGUGGUGCAAAAUAACCUUCUCUUCAUUGCACUCUCCAAUCUUGAUGCUGCUACUUAUCAACUAUUUUGUGUAAGAUGUGAGUUUGUAUUUGUGUUCCUGAAUGAACACAUGAAAUUUUAUGAUGAGUAUAUUGU